UGCCUGAUAGUCAAUCUCAAGUCAAUACGACUGAAACUACUUGAUCACAAUUCACGGGCCAAUCACUAGCUGUCUUUCUUCCGAAGCAGAGUUUCAUGCUCUUCCUCUGGUUCGAUGGCAAAGCUUCACAUCAUCCAUGGAGUCCACGCCCCUGGCUUCAUUCUCUUCUUCGUCUCUCUUCAGUACCCACUUCUUCUUCUCACUCUUUCCUCAGCCUACACAACUCAGACCAGUUACUUCAUCAAUUGUGGAUCAAGCAAAAGCCAGAACUAUUCCAACAGGGUCUUUGUUGGUGACACGGGUUCUGACUCCAUCUCCUUCACAAAACAGAGUACCUCCGCCCAAUCCAGCAGCCAAUUCUCGAGCGUCUCACCUAUCUACGACACGGCAAGAAUCUUCAGAAACCCUUCGUCGCAAUACGUUCUUGAUGUAAUCGACAAAGGUACUCACAUCGUGCGACUCCACUUUUUCCCUUUCGCUUCCACAAGAAAUCUCUCUGAGGCUGUGUUCAAUGUCUCAGUAAAGGGGCUCACCCUUCUCAGCAAUUUCCAAACACCCAGUAGAACCAACUCUCCUAUAGUGGAGGAGUUCUUGCUUAGCAUAAAUAGGAAUAAGUUUGUACUUUAUUUUAGUCUUCAAGGGUCAUCCUUCGCAUUUAUAAAUGCCCUCGAAGUGUUCCUUGUGCCCGAUGGAGUCGUUCCCGAUUCUGCUCCAAGGGUGGGCAUUUCAGGGAAAAGUAGCAGCAACUACAGUGGAAUUCCUUCCCAAGUCUUACGAACGGUUUACCGAAUAAAUGUUGGGGGCGAUGGAGUAACUCCGGUUUAUGAUAGCUUUUGGAGAAGUUGGGAUCCUGAUGAUAAUUACACUUAUCUCCCAAAUGCUGCAAAAAAUACGACUAUGUACGGAGUUAAACUUAAUUACCAUUAUGGUCUAGACGGAUACUUAGCAUCGGAACACGUUUACCGCUCUGCUAAGAUGAUGGACGAAUCUGCUUGGGGAUUAUACCCCAACACCACCUGGGGUUUUAACGUGAGUGCGAACGCCUCGCACUUGGUCCGGGCUCAUUUCUGCGAUAUCAUUAGCCCGUCUCCCAACACAGUGUACUUUAAUCUCUACAUUUAUGAGAAUUUCACUGAGUACAUUGGUAAAAAUGGGAUUCAAAAUCCUUUAACUCCUUUUCAUUAUGAUUAUGUGGUUCAGCCUGGCAGCUCAGGGCUAGUGAACAUCAGCAUAGGCCUCCUUAGUGCCUCAGAGACAACGUCUCAGCAGGCCUAUCUCAAUGGCCUGGAGAUAAUGGAGAUAAUUGGGUCGUGGGACUCACAUUUUGUGCCAUCAGGGGGCGAUAACCAGAAUAAGCACAUCGGCCUCAUAAUUGGUCUAGUUUCCGGAAGCAUCGUGUUUCUCUGCAUAUUUGUAUCUGCAGCGAUCUUCAUACGCAAGCAUAGAAAGCCAAAGAGAACUGAAAUUUCGGUCUGGUCACCAUUGCCUGCACUCGGAAGAGGCAAUUCUUACUGUAAACUGACCGAGCAAAGUACCCAUGGCUCCAUCGUCCCUAAUUUUCACCUGGGACUGAAAAUACCCCUCCCCGAAAUCCAUUUCGCUACCAACAACUUCGAUCCCAAACUUUUGAUCGGCAAGGGUGGAUUUGGCAAUGUUUACAGAGGAACUCUCAGGGAUGGCACUAAAGUUGCCGUGAAACGGAGCGAGCUGGGGUUGGGACAAGGCUUCCUCGAGUUCCAAACAGAGAUCACCAUUUUGUCCAAAAUCCGCCAUUGCCACCUCGUCUCCUUAAUUGGGUAUUGUGCUGAACAAUCUGAGAUGAUACUUGUUUUUGAGUUUAUGGAGAAGGGGAGCUUAAGAGAUCACCUGUACAAUUCCGAUUUCCCAUACUUACCAUGGAAGCAAAGGCUCGAGAUCUGUAUUGGAGCUGCCCAGGGAUUGGACUACCUCCACAGAGGCGCGGCUGGAGGAAUUAUUCAUCGGGACAUCAAGUCCACCAACAUUUUGCUUGAUGAGAAUUAUGUUGCGAAGGUCGCUGACUUUGGUCUGUCCAAGUCGGGUCCUCUCGAUCAAAGCCAAACCCAUGUGACUACGGGGGUUAAGGGCACCUUUGGGUACCUCGAUCCAGAGUACUUUAAGACCCUACAGCUGACAAAAAAAUCCGAUGUCUACUCAUUUGGAGUGGUGCUUCUUGAGGUGCUAUGCGCAAGGCCUGCUAUUGACCCUUCUCCUAGAGAAGAGGCGAACUUGGCCGACUGGGGCAUUAUGUGCAUCCAGAAAGGAACCAUCGAGCAAAUAGUGGACCCUGUUCUUGCUGGUGAGAUCAAUGCCAACUCGCUGAGGAAAUAUGGGGAGGUUGCUGAGAAAUGCCUGCAAGAAGAGGACGAAGAGAGGCCUAGCAUGGGGGAUGUGCUCUGGGACUUGGAAUACGCCUUGCAGCUUCAGCAAACUACGGUGAAAAGAGAGAUGUACUAUGACAGCACAACCGACGGUUCGUCGAUAUUGACUCUUUCGACCGUGAGGAAGCUCCCAUCACUUAGCGAAGACGCGGUUGAGGAAGAUGGUGUGGCCGCCAAAGGGGAGGAUAGCUCAAUGAUGUCCACUAGUGGAGUGUUCUCCCAGAUGAAGAGAGAUGAAGCCAGAUGAGUUUCAUAUUGCAGUAAAUAUCUAUUGAAGUGUUCCCGAAUUGUAUUCAGAUAUGCAUCCUAUUUAUCUGAGAAAGAAGCGUAGACGUACCCAUCGCCUUAUAUUGCAUCUUGUCGCGGCAUAUGGUGCAUGAUAGUUGCUGUCGUUGCAAUGUGUAAGCAUAUGAGCAUAUGAUUUUUUAUUGCACACGAGAGGACAACGUUGGACCAUGAUAAAUGGGAAUGUGAGAGAGAUUGCACGCCCCUUAGUUGAAGACCUUAAAUAAGCACUUGUUUCACAAAUUGCAUCAUGAAUGUCCUGCUCUGUAUAUGUUUCCGGUGAUGAUGCUAGAUGGCUUUUAUAGCCGCGUGCUAUUACUAGAGAUUGCACGCCCCCUAUUAAUACUAUCUUUAAAAGAUUUCAUUUAGACUUGAGGUUUCAGCUCGCGUAGAGCGUGAGCUUACUGUAAAUUUGCUGUUCCUCAUCAUUCAUGAGAAAUGCUUUGCUGCUGCCGAAUGGCUUUCGA